AUGAGGAAAAUCAGGCAGUUUAAUUCGAACCUCCGGACAGUCUGAAACUCUCAUCCUCGAAGAUGCGUCGCAGAAGCGCUUUUGCAAUUUGUGUAAUUUCUGUUUUGACGCUUUUCAGAGGAGUGUUUCAUAACGAACCGACGAUUUUGACCAAUAAAGAACCCAGAAUGCACAUAAAAAAUGUGGCAGGACCUUAUUAUAAGCUAAGACCGUCAUUAAAUAAGUGUAAAGAAAUGUUCACAAUCACGGAGGCUUCAACAAAAAGUAAAAAUAUGAGCGAACUCAUACACGAGAUACGCAAGCAAAAAAUCGAUGCAGAGCGAAUGACGUGGACGAUCAAUCCUUAUAGAAACCUUCGAACAUUUCUCCCGUCCAUGAUAGAAAAACUCUAUCCAACUUUUAACACAAGUGACACAAUCAAAAAAUAUUCAGGGGAUACGAAAAAACUUACGCAGCGAAUCCAACUCACUCGGUCAUGGCUGAAACAACUCAGUGCGGGGGAGAAAUUAGAGUUGCCAAAAGAUGCUAUUAAGUCCAUCCAGCUCGCCAUGCUUCACCAACAACGAGAAUAUUCCUACAAGUUGAAGUCGAGCGGCAAUCGUGUGGAACAGUUACACGGCCAGCUGCCGUAUGUGCCGUGUCGCAUCAAGACGCAGUUCAGCGAAGGGGAGCUGAAGCAGUGCUUCCGAAGGGCGGCGGAGGGACGCGAGACUCCCUACACCAUCGUCUUCAUGGGCGACUCCAAGAGCAGGAGACUUUACGACAGCUUCGUCACACAGACCAUGGCUCUGAACUAUACAUUGACUUCCCGAGGGGUGGCCAGAAGCCUUAUAGAAGGACUGCUCCACUACGAUCCUGAAGCUCCUCUCGCCUACGCCGUGCCACAAGACCUCCAGCAGCUCAAGCUGGUCCACGUGUACAAUCGUUUCUACGACACAAGAUUGUGGGAGUUCGCCAGUAACCGCGCGUUGAAGAAACUCGUGUCUUGGUGCACAGGGAAGGAACAACCACCCGACAUCAUCGUCUUAGAUUACGGAGACUGGGUUUUUGUGGACGUGGACGGUACGAAAAAAGUGACGCUGAUCGAGUCCUUGGAUUCGGUGUGGACAAUUCACGAGGUGUUGCUACGUCUCGUACUCCGUCUAGGCAACACUACUCAAGUGUUGUUCCACGUCCAGCACCGGCAUUUAUUGCAUUCAAAUCCAAGCAAGAAGUAUGCUUACUUCACACAAUCUAUUAGUAGUACAAAUUCUGAUUUGCUUUACAGACAGUUAUUAUAUCUCUGGACUAAAAUUUCAAGCAGACAGAGGAACAAUAGGUUCCCAAACUCAAAAAAAGAAUAUCGGGCAAAAGAUAAGGUGUCAAAAUUCAUUCGAAAUAUAAUGGAUGUGCUCCACGAUGAAUAUAUCGCUAAAAUGGAUGGAAUAAGUAAACUUAACCUUGAUAUUAGGCAGACAGAAAUGCGCCAGAAGAAAAUACAGAAGCUCAGAUCAUUUUCUUCAUCAAUUACCAACUCGUCCACCGACGAAACUUAUGCACCAACAAAUACGUACAAAAAUGAGCCCUGGUUUUGGGACACAACCCUGCCACUGGUUAAAGCGACGGAGGACGAAUGUGAAGAGCUGUACCAACACGACCCAGUGACGGCGAGUCUCCUGUCUCAACUGCUGACGCUGAGCCCCUUCAGAGGCGUCAGGCACAUGGUCGGGGUCCUCACCAGUCUCGGGGUCAACCCAGAAAGAAUCGUCGAUCAUUUAAGACGAGUUUCACUGGAUGACGACGCAGAUGAACCUAAGUUUAAUGCCUCUUUGAUGAAUAAUAAGUUUUCAGCUCUGUUUAAAUUUUACUCAGACGACGCAUUUUCUAUUUCUUCGGAAGUAAACAAAUAUUUCGAAGAGUUUGCGACUACUUAUUCCAUGCCGGACUUGGGCUGCAUGGACCAUAACCACCCGGGACAAGCUACCGAAAUAGUUAAAGUCACUCAACUACUGAACCUGGCAUGCAACAAACACCUACAUUCACCAGCCGAUUAUUGCUGUAGUGGAUACUGAAGUCAGUCACUAAUCUUAGAGCAUGAUAACAGCAUGACCCUGUUGAGAGCUGUAAGCCUUCGCGAGCAUGCAACCUUACAUACAGGCACGUAACUGUUUUCAAUUAAAGAAAUGUUAUGUUGCAUGAAAAUAUGUCGGUUCUUCAGCUAGUAUCUUCGCUAGAAUAGCACGCGUUUACAUAUUUCUCGAUCUCGAAAGAAUAUCGAUUUAGAUGAAAUUGUAACA